AUGACCUCUCCUCUCCGCCGCCCGUCAAUGGUCGAAACUCCCAGCGACCUCGACCUCCACCAGUUACUCGUCCCAACUCCCACCAACGAUGUACCUCCCUCGCACCAUUCCUCGUCCGCUUCUUCCGGCCCGAGUAGCGAUGCGGGCUCCUUUGUUAUUCCCGACAGUCUGUCUCGAAGCAAUUCGGUCUUUUCCUUCUCCAGAGCGUCCUUUAGCAGUCAACUGGCCAGUCUGACUUCCAUCAACCUACCUCAGGCCGAGUUCCUUGCUGCCACGGUCACAACUCUACCCACAGCUCGCAAGGCUGUCAAGGCACUGACAAGCGCGGCAGAGCAGAUACAAUCAUGGAUCAAGAAAGCGCUGAAGGUCUUGGAAAACCUCGAUGCCGAAGAAGACGUGGAAUGGGCAGCAGCUGCCGGAAGACUAGGAUUGGACGAAACAGACAAAAUUGUCAACACAUUCGAAGACUUAAUAAACGUCUAUGUCAUCUCGAUCGAGGAGCUACAGGGGCGCCCUGAUAUAGGCGAUGCGAAACCCGAGGACCUACAAGGUGUUGUGGAACAGAUGGAGAUGACUCUUGAAGGUUGGGGUAAUGUGCGUAGGAACCUCAAAAAGAUACAUGAGCAGGUCGAGCUGGCUAUGGAGUGGGAGGAAUUGUGGGCAAAGGUACUUGGGGAUGUCGGAACAGAAAUGGACAGUCUCAGUCAAUUGGUGUUCGAGAUGGAAGAAAAACGGCAUGCUGCGUAUACGACACAGACACAAGCAGGACCCAGUCAGAACAUCGAUUUGAACGAACUGGAAAGCUUCAUUGACGAGCCAUCUCAGAAGAAAAGUACGCCGAAUUCCCGCUUCAGCCUCCCGCCUUUCGAGUCCUCGCCGCUCGGGUCGCCAAUCAUCGAGAAUCCUCAAGACGAGUCGAAUUUGCUGGCUCUCUUCGCACGCAUGCAGCCGCUUAGGGCGUCCCUCGACUUCCUUCCGAUGAGACUAUCAAUGUUCCAGACUCGGGCUGAGAAGAUCUUUCCAAAUGCUUGUCGGGAGCUUGACGAUAAACGGGAUCGUUUGGAAAGGAAUUGGACUGAACUCUCCAAGGAGGCUGAGACUCUACGACGCGAGUUGAGUGAAGACCGCUGGGUUAUUGUCUUUCGCAAUGCUGGCCGCCAAGCACAGAAGAUGUGCGAAUCUGUGGAAAGAAGCAUCUUGAAAGUGCAAGAAGCAAUUCAUGAAAAUCACCAGGCAAUCAACCCUGCAGCUCUAGCAAAGCGGAUCGAAAGCUUCGAGGCUAAGAAAAUGCACUAUGGUCCAGCAAUAAACCGAGUUCUGGCGAUUAUUCAAAAAGGGCUCAAAGAUCGCCUGACUGUGAAUGGAGAAAUUCUCCGUUUGCAUAAAGAUCUCUCUUCAAGAAUAAGAGACUUGACAGACACCAUGGAAGAUCUGGAAACUCUGCUUGAGCCUUUCAACACACGACAGAAUUCGAAACUCCGAGAGUCGAUCUCUAGCAUCGUUUCGGCCGAUCGUUCGUUAUCGAGCACAACCUUUGCUGGAACGCCAGGAAGCUCUCCGCCUUCAUCGAUUGAUUUGCCUCCUCAGUCGAGCCAAGGGUCCACGCCUAAAUACGGCCUCAACGGGUAUACCAAGCAGAGGACUCCAUCUUCAGGCAGACCUCCGCCUCCCACACUCUCCAAUAGGCGGUCGUCCAUGCUUCCGCAGACAAGGCGUCCGACAACACCGAUGUCUCAUGCCGGCAGCAGUACCAUCAAACGCGGAGUAUCGCCAAUGCCGGGCCCCCCAUCCGUCUACCGCCAGGGGGUGUACACUCCGCCUGUAGUGCCUGCUUCGCGGCCAGGGCCGACGCCAUUACCAAAUAAACCGAGGUGGUCCGCAGUCGUGAAGCCAAGCGACAACACUUUGGCGCCUUCAUACCGUUCCUCCACUGCGACAACGCCGUUGACGGCACGAAAAUAUACCCCACGUUCGAUAUCAUCGACCACAGCUGUACCAUUGAGAAGUCCGCUCAGCCGAGAGGCAUCUGCGUCCCCUUCGUCCAUGCUACCGACUCUUGCAAGGAGGGAAAGUCAGCAGUUCAAGUCAUUCGCCGAGCGCGUAGCAGACCCCUCUCCGGCAAGGACAAGUGGCCUGAUGGACCCGGUUCCUUAUCAUCGAGGUCGAAACGUGAGCGCCCCCGGGGCUGGUACAAUAAGGUCACCCUCUUCCCUUGCUGUCCACAGCCAGCACAAGCCGACUAUGAGUGGAAUGUCGAUCUCAAGGCCGGCGUCCUCGCUCAAUAGAAGCUAUGGGCGCUCUGCAGGCAUUUCGUCACGGUCGCUCAGUCAUGGUCCCGCAGUGGAGAAUCAGUUUGAUAGUCGAGAACACCCUCUCCCCAGUGUCGAGGACUUUGACAAGUCCAGCGAGAUAGGGGAAGAAGAUGAUCAGGUCACGGAACCAAAUUCGAGUCCGUUGUCCAAACGAACCAUUACCAGACCCAGCAGUGUUCUCGCAAUGAGCGGAAAGGGAAAGAGAAUGUCACUACUGCCUGUUCCGAAGGGUAACGGCAGACAAAGUUCACUUGGGUCAAGGAUUUCUUGA